AUGUUGGAUCACCUUCUGCCCCUCAUCUACCGCGAGUAUGAGUACUUCGACGAAGCCAAUAAGGAGAACUACGGCUACGUCAUCCGUCGACGAGCGCGGCCAGUAUCUUCGACAGCCUCCGCUACGUCGCGCACGCCUCCACGUCCUCCGAGACGCAACAGCUCUAGCACCAGAAUGGAGGGUGGCGUGGCCUCUGUUCGCAGUCUCAAACGCCGCCGUGAAGCAUCCGACGACGGCAGUGUUGAGCGAGGACGCGCUAAGAAACGGGAAACCACAGCUGAGACGAAACCUGCAGCUAAAAGUCUCAAGCGACGACGCGAUGCUACCGAUGAUGGCAAUGAAGGGCGAGGACACGCCAAGAAGCAGCAGAUGAAAGUAGAAGCAGAACCCGCCAGAAAGAAAAAGGAGCAGACAACAACUGAAAAGAAGGAAGAUAAACAGGUCGAGGCGGGGCUUGUGACACCCGUGAAGAAGCCGCAGGAGCCCAAGAUUUCUGCCAAAAAGGUCAAGAAGAUUAUCAAGAAGAAGAUCAAAGUGACAGAACAGAAGAAAACUGCCAAAGUAUCCAAGAGUUCGCCGCGCAAGCGUAUCCCGUUGCAGGACAUCACACACCUCUAUGUGAACGAGCACCAGCGCUCGUACGAGUUCCAUCAGCGUGAACUCUCUGUGGCUGGACUCACGACUUCCGUCGCGAUUCGCUUCUUCUAG